AUGGCGUUGGUCGAUGCCCUCAAGGUGCAGACCUGGGUUCUCGGCUUCACCAAUCCGCACCCACGACGAGGGGACGGGCCGGGCGUGGAUCAUGACCAGGCGUCCAGGCUGAUAGCGCGGCACCGAUUUUGCCUUGUUGUGGACGCCGAGUGCCUUAAAUCUCUGGGCAGGACGGGAGUCCCUGGGGAGCAGCGACAGAUAGCUGUCCGUGCACCGCUUUCAGAUGCUGACGGUGGUGGCGGUGGUGAUGAUAGCGGCAUGACCGAUGAGGACCGGGAGGAGUCGGAGGAAGAGGGGUUGCUGGACCCGAGGAAUGCACAAGCUCAUCUCGGACAUGCUCAUGAGAAUCGCCCGGCUGGGGACGGCCAUUGCAUCUUUGUGGCUGCCAAUAAUGUCGUGUCAUUUUACGAGACGCUGAGCAGGGGAGAUGGUUGGAACUACGACAUCUAUCGACAAGCCCUGCCAUAA